AGACGUGGUCUAACUAAAAUGAAGACAAUUGUAGUUUUCGUGCUGCUCAUAAUGCUGGAGACGGGUCUAGGUCAGAAUUUGCUGGACAACCCCAGCUUCGAGGGAGAUCUGACGGGCACGUGGGAGAACAAUGGGUUCCUGAUGGAGCGAGUGAGUGUCGACAAGGUGGACGGUAACUUCGCACUCAAGGCCAGUUACCGCGAUCGAAGUCUCGAAGGACCACUUCAGGUGCUGUACGGCUUGAAGACCGGCGCUCGCUAUGAACUAAGCGUUUUCGUCAAGGUGCUUAACGAUCUUUCCGGCACCCUUUGGCAGAAUAUCAAAGUCACUAUGCAGUACGAGUUUGUCAAUCCAACUGAGAUCGGUUAUUAUGUCAUCGCCAACCGAGGCCUCUGUAACACUUCCAUGGGGUGGAUUAAGAUCAAUGGCAGUAUGAACGCGCCAGAAAGAGCGUUCAACUGGGCCCGGCUUGCGAUACGAGGUCCUGAUCCAGGGGUGGACUUUUUGGUGGACAACGCCGCUCUGUAUGAAGUCCCUGAGAACACCAACUGGCUCGCUGAUUCCUACACUAACAUCGACACAUACAGGAAGUCCAACGUUAAUAUUAAUUUCACUCUGCCGUCUGGCGUGUCCUCUUCUCAGUUUGAUGUUCAGAUACGAUUAAAAAAGCACCUGUACCCUUUCGGAGUAAAAGUAAAAGACACGCAAAUGUCAACAAAGGCCUCUAAUUUAUACAGCCAACUGAUCUUCAACAUGUUCAACUGGGCCACAGUGCAGAGCUACAAGUGGAAGUUCGAUAAAGGAAACUUGACAAAUCCAGACUUCAGUAAUGCAGUAAAUGCCGCCAACGUCCUCGUCUCAAGCGGAUUGAAAGUUCGCGGACACAAUAUCAUAUGGGACGUGGCUGACAACAUACCGGAUGCGGUUAAGGCGCUGAGUGGACAGGAACUUAGAGACGAGGUGGACAAACACGUGCAGUACAUGUGUAAUCUUGGUCUUGGCAAACUGGCCCACUGGGACGUCAUGAACGAGAUGACCCAUGGUCUAUACUAUGAGGAGAAGUUAGAGGAUCGGAACUUCACCAAAAAUCUUUUCCGACAAAUGAAGACCUGUGACAAUGUCACGAAGCUGUUCUUUAACGACUACCAGGCUGUUGACAUCGGAGGGUCUACAGAGGAGUACUACCAGAUGAUGUUAGAGUACCUCAAUGAAAACGUCCCCGUGGAAGGUUUGGGAGUACAGGGUCACUUUCAAGAAUAUCUUGCCGUUGAUCCCACGUUGAUCCUGAAAAGAGUCGACCGUUUGGCAACGUUAGGGAUAGAUGUCGUUAUGACCGAGUUUGACGUCCAGUCGCCGGACCACGUGCAGCGCGCUGAUUGGAUAGAAGACGCCAUGCGUGCAAUGUUCAGUCAUCCUGCCAUGAAGGGCAUCGUCUACUGGAGUUUCUGGGACCAGGACACGCAAAAUGUUAACAGAGAGCUUAUUCAGGGAACCAACGUGACGAUUAUAGAGCCUGGACAGCGGUUCUUUUGUCUGAUAAAAAAAGAAUGGACAACAAAUUUGACUAGAAACCUUGGCAGCGACUUAAACGUCUUCUUCCGUGGGUUUCGAGGCGACUACCAAGUGAUUAUCAAAAGGUCAGGAGUACCGAUACAGGUGGAAUCAUUCAGCUUGGGAUCAAGCGAUAUGACCGUCAACAUAAAAGUUGCCAACAAAACAACGGCAGCAAACGUGCCGGAAGACAAGGACUAUGUACCCAGGUGUGUCAGCCAUCGCGGCCAGAAGCCUCUGGGGCUGCAGUCCACGUCAUCAACAAACAUGCAGCUCACCUGCGUCAACGUCGAGUCCACUCCCUCUGGUGGCAACGAAGAUGACGUGGCAUCGGUCACCUGCGGAACGGACCGCGUCAUGACAGGCUGCACGAGCUACCAGAACGCCAUGCUUUGGACGAGGAAAGGAGAGCAGGUUACCAUUGAGAACGGAGUGGCCGUGUGCAAAGCGUACAACGGUCGAAACUCGUCAGCAGGCGUAACUGCAGCUGCACGGUGUUGCAAGGUGUCAGGCUUGAGUUGUGAGUUCCGGGUGGCAGGACCAUCCUUGACCUUUGGCGGCGCUCAGGCCGAGGCCCUCUGUUCUACAAAUACCCUGCUUAUAGGUUGCUCCAGUUACAGUAAGUACCCCGAUAUGAAUGGGGCAUAUGCCAACGACACAGCGAACAGUUGCGUGGCUGAGGGUGGCAACCCCGUAUCUACAAAUCCUGCUGAACGUUCAGGAUCCGUUGCUUACUCAGCAUGCUGUUCGUGUCCGGACAUGUCGUGCACGCACGUGUCAUCACUUCCGACAACUCUUGGUGCAGGUGAUUACCAAGGAGUGACCUGCCCUUUCAAUACUUCCAUGGUCUCGUGCAAUUACUUUGCUCCGAAUGGCAGGUCAGGCGGAGCCAGGAUCGUUGAGACCAAUGGCGUCGAGGAAUGCAGAGCAUACAUGGGAGACAACUUAUCUGCAGGGUCACGAGGCGUCAUAGCGACGGCAACGUGUUGUAUGUAAAGCCAGUACGGACUUAACCUACGUCGCGAUCACAUUACGAUAAAACAGUCGCGGAAUUGCCUUCUGACAGUCGUAAUAAAAUCAA